AUGGGCAGCAUACUUCAAUGCCUGAGUAACCUGGGAACCUGUAGAACCUCUUGCAAAAAGGGUGAAUAUCCCUACUUCCAUUGUGGAGGAAGAUAUCAAUCAUGCUGCCUCCCAUCCUACAUGAAGAUAAACAUUUCCGGCAGAGAGGAUAAAAAAUGACUAGAGGCAAGAGAACCGCUGGCCAAAAAUUUCUUGAGUGCUGGUG